CCAUUAUGGGGGCAAAAUGAUCGUGAUUUUGAAAUCACAUGGGCUAACAACUUGGAUUUGUGUUGGAUCAAAUUGCUUCGAUCUUUCGUACGUUGGAACCAAAUAUAUCAAUUUAGAACUUGAAAGUUCCUUUCUGAUCCAUUUUUCUUGAUCCAAUGUAGUACUACUUCAUUGCGACUUAUGUGAAUUUAUGAACAGCUAACUAACGAGUAACGACCAAUCCAAAACCUUUUGAUUCUUCCCAAGAGGAAAUAUGGAGCCACUGAAUCCCAUCAGAAGCAACAAAUGGAGAAAAAGAGAGAAUCAAAAUCAGCGUCCCAAAUCAAAAUCCUUCUCACUCUUUAUCCUUCUUUCUUGCUCUCUUCUUCUUUUCAUUACGUACAAGCGCCUUCUUCCCCCAUCCGUGCUUUCAAUUUCAGGUAAUUCCGAACAAGUCCUCGUUCCUCCACAAUGCACAAGUUCAGAAGAAUUCAGGGGAGAAAAGUUCCUCUGGUACGCACCUCACAGUGGCUUCAGCAACCAGUUGUCGGAGUUCAAGAACGCGAUUCUAAUGGCUGCGAUUCUCAAUCGAACGCUAAUUGUGCCUCCCAUUCUAGAUCACCACGCUGUUGUUCUCGGUAGCUGCCCCAAGUUUAGGGUUUUAAGCCCUAGUGAUCUCAGAUUUUCUGUCUGGAAUCACUCUCUCGAUCUCUUACGAAAUCAUAGGUAUAUUUCCAUGACUGAUAUAAUAGAUAUUUCAUCAAUAGUGUCUGAUUCAACAGUUAGAGUCAUUGACUUCAGAGUUUUUGUAUCUAAGUGGUGUGGUUGGAGCAUAGAUGGUGUGUGCCAUGAGAGUUAUCGGACUCGCCAACGUGGUGGGAACAAUUUAGGUCUUGAGCGUACUUUGUUUGAGGAUAUAAGGAAAUGUGGGUUGUUACUGUCUGGUUAUAAUGGUAGUAUGAGUAAUUGUGUGUAUGCUGUAGAUGAAGAUUGCAGAACAACAGUUUGGACAUAUCAAAAAGAUGUUGAAGAUGGGAUUUUGGAUCCAUUCCAACCAGAUGAUCAACUUAAGAAGAAAAAGAAAAUUUCUUUUGUUAGGAGAAGAAGAGAUGUAUAUAGGGCACUUGGUCCUGGGUCUGAAGCAGAAUCAGCCAAAGUUCUUGCAUUUGGAACCCUCUUCACAGCCCCAUAUAAGGGCUCUGAGUCAUAUAUAGAUAUCCAUGAAGCUAGAAAAGAUCCUAGGAUACAGUCCGUGAUGCAGAAGACUGAGUUUCUUCCUUUUGUCCCUGAAAUUUUAGAGGCUGGGAAAGAGUUUGCUCUUCAGAAAAUUAAGGCUCCUUUUCUUUGUGCACAACUUAGAUUACUGGAUGGGCAAUUUAAGAACCACUGGAAAGGGACGUUUCUUGUGCUGAAGCAAAAAUUAGAGUCUCUGAAACUGAAUGGUCCUCCACUGAUUCAUAUUUUUGUGAUGACUGAUCUUCCGAUGAGUAAUUGGACAGGAACCUACUUGGGCGAUUUACUCAAAGAUUCUGAUGCUUUUAAGAUAUCUGUUCUAAGAGGAGAUGAUAAUUUAAUUGUAGAAACUGCUAACAAGCUCAUGGAUAUUGCUCGAGGGAAGAAUUUGGAGUCUGUUUCUAAGAGGUCAUAUACGGUAGAUAAUCACUGUGAUCCCCAGUCAUUUACUGAUAUAUUGUUAUAUGUAGAACAAACAGUUUGCAGCUGUGCUUCUCUUGGCUUUGUCGGCACUACUGGAUCAACAAUUGCAGAAACUAUAGAGUUGAUGAGAAAAUAUAAGGCAUGUUCAGGCUGAAUCUUUUUUGGGUAGGUAUCAGGCUGAAGCUUUCCUAUCACAAUUGCUGACUUCCUAUUAAUUGGAUUGAGAUUCUUUGAGAACUUCAUCAGCCUACCUGGGGGUCAAGUGUCACAUCAUGCAUUCAGUUCACCCUUGGAAACCAAGUUGCACUCCUGGGCAUUGUUUUGUUUUUAUUCAUAAUUUGGAAUCUGAGCUCUUUCAUUUGGUUGUGGAAAUGGAGGAUGAAAUUUGACAAUCCUGCUGGUUGGACUUAAUCGAAUUGAGUGCGGAACUGGGAAUUUGCAAUAUUGUAGAAUUUGUGACAUAUUGAUGGAGUGAUACCCACAUGGGUUAUACUUGUCAGUUUGGUGAAAAAGUUCUCAAGACUGCAGCAAGUUUGUCUUUACCAAGCAUUAUGGUGCUCAAUAGAUUUGAAGUUUAAUUUUUCGCCUGCACACAUGAUAAACUCUUAGAUGCAAAUGUGUGAAGAAUACUUUCUUAAUUCAACAAUCGUACCUGCUCCUUGAUACUAAGUAUCAUGUCUUGUGACUUCAAAGGAGAUAACAGAUGUAUAAAUAAGACAUAUUAUGUGGGAAGUGGGAACUAUGGUUCAUUGACGAUGUUCUUUUUCACAGUUUUACACAUUGAGGGCAGCCAAGGGCUGCAUGAUUCAUUUUUUGGUGUACUUUGUAUUAAAAGUGGUACCCUCCGUUAAAAUUGAAGUGGAGAGCUGACUAUUGUUGAUUGUUCCUUUUAUCCAUCUUCCUAAACUUUCAUAGAUUAGUUUGCAGCAAACUUGAUUGUAUCUUUACUUGAUGUUUCCUUUUCUGAAAUGAGGUCAUAAAUAGUGGCUUUGAAUAUUUAUGUUGUAGUAGGAUGUAUUGUGCCUUAUUGUUCCUUAUUUAUAUGGUUUCUCAUCUCAAAAUCACAUUUACAUUUAAUUGCUCGUGUUUUAGGUUGUUAAUAUGUUGUUUCAGAUGCAGUUAAUUUGCCAGCACUGUAGUGUUCUUUUGCUGAUGUUAGCUGCUUUCCUGUUUCCUAAUCUUGGACUCUUGUUUAGGUUGGUUGUGACUGUGUCAUGUCCUACACUCGCCUCCUGUAGUUUGCUGUCAUUCUAGGAGUCCCCUGAUGUUUAGGAAAUUUCAGUAACCUCAUUUCCUUCUCUUUUUGCCUGUGUAUUCUAUUUUCAUGACCUCCCUCCUCUAUGAUUUCCUGAACGGUAUUUUUCAACGAGGAAUACAGUUGGGUAAGAUUUACCUAACGUGCAAAAAAUUGUGGAGAAGUCAUUCUAAUUCAAAGGAAGACUAGCAUUUGCUGUCAUGGUUUAUCAUAUUUGAAGAGCUCGGAAUGUUGCUUUGUUUCAAUUGAAACCAGUGAUAAAUGUGGGUAUUCUGAUGGAAAUUGUGGAUGAAAUCCAACAUGUGAUGCAUCCCUGGGGGAAAAAUUCCAAAGAACUCAAGAAACCUGGAAGUUGGGCCUUGAAUGGGGCUUAUCCCCAAAAUGUUUCUCCUAGUUCUUGCUGUACAUAGUUUGCGUUCCUGUACUUGAGGUUCUUAUUUCUCUUUUAAAGCUAAAAUUUCUUACAUCAAUAAAAGUUUGCAAUUUUGCC